AUGGGUUCCGUCUUAGCGAACAAGGACGUCAACGCGGCCCUGCAGACCCAGGACCCGGCCGCCAAAGCCCAGAGCAAGACCUCCGGCGCCAAGACCCUGGAGCAGCAGCGCCAGCGGCUGCAGUCCAAGAUGGAGGAAGAGAAGUACGGAUCCUCCAACGCUACUAGCACCAUCACCACCACCACCAUUGUUGCCGCCGCUGCCGCCGCCGGUUCCAGCACCACCGCUGCCACCAAGAGCGCCGUCACUACCCACGAGGCCACGGCCCCCCUCGGCUUGUUCCACCACCCCCCGAACGCGCAGCCGUCAGCUAACCUGGGGGACGCCGCCGACGGUAGAAACAAGCAGCAGUACAUCUCGCCCUCGGACAACAUCAUGAGUCCUUGCACCGCCAAGCUGAGCGCCCUCAAGGGCCGCCAGAUGAACCGCAUCAAGCCCAAGUCUCUCUUCGCCCAGUCCUCCGCCAAGGCUCUCGCCGGCAAAGCCCCGCGCUCCAACCUGUCCGCCGACGGCGCCGCCGCCGCCUGA